UAGUGUACUCGUCAUAUGUUUUGAAGCUAACUUGAAAGUGUGAAGAAUUGCUUUUUUUUUCACGUUCAGUUCAGGUAAAGGGUUUUGUAUAUAUUUAAAACUAUGUCGUUUUUGGAGGACGAGAGCGCGAGCAGUCUAACCGGUGUACAUUCACGACUGGAAAGCUAUGUUUUUAGCUGUGAAUUGUCAUCUGAGGUACCCUUCUACACCUUUCAAGGCGAUGAGGAAGAGGACUUGGAGCAUUUUUUAGAACUCCGGACGAUCUGCCUUGGCGAGGGGGCUAAAGAGGAGAACAAUGUGGUGGAGGUGACUGCCAUUAACCACCAAGGGAAGAAGAUUUCAGUGCCAGUAGCCAACCUCCACAUAUCUUGUCUUCCCAUGGUAAGCCUGGGAGAAUUUGAAUUGAUGGCACCUGUAACACUGCGCCUGAAAUCAGGAAGUGGGCCUGUGACUGUUAGUGGAUUACACUUAGUUGCUUCAGAGAAUGAAGAGUCUGAAGUAUCUGAUGAAGAUGAUGACUCUGAGGAGGAAGUGCCCCCCAUUAAACCAGCCAAAAAGAAGCAGAAACUGUAGAGUCAGCAGUUGAAGACUUUAAUACGUUUUAUACAACAUAAUGUUCCCCUAAAUUGUUUUCAAUCCACUUACAAUGGACUGCAAAGCAAAGAAAUGUGAAGCUUGAAUAUUUUUUUAAAAUAACUUUGUGGAGCAGCUUCAUAUGCAUUUGUGAUUUAUCAUGUCUUAAAUGUUUUAAAAGAUAACCUGUUAAAUUCCAAAAUGUAAUACAAGCCAUUUUGCUUGUCUUUAUAAUUCUUUAGGAUACAUGCCAUUUUGGAACAAAACUGUAUUUCAUUGUGUAUCUAUAAGAUCUAUUGUUUUUCACUUGUCAAGGAACAGCUAAAGGUUCACUAAAAAUACAUAGUGUUCAACUACUAUACAGUGUACAAAAAGUCUCCAUACAUAGAAAUUAACCGAUGGUUAGAUCAACAGUUUUGGGGUUCUUGGAUUGGCCACCAAACCCCCAUAGUGUGCCCCACUAGAUGUGUGCCAGUUGGGGCAUUUGAAGGCCAUGGUCUUCCAGGAAGAGGUACAAGAUACAGCACAAAGAUUAUUAUAGGAACGCAUUCAAAGUGCAAUUACAUGCAUAAUAUUAGGUGUGUUAACACAAGUACAUAAUGAGUAGGAGAGAUGACUGUGUAGUGUGUUUACAAAGAAAUGUUGAGGAUGUUUUGCAGUUAAAUUUCGCUCCAAAUUUUUUAUUUUGCCUUUGUAUGGAGAGUUUUUGGAUACUUUGUAUUAAUGAACUUUAAGGACAUUCACCAGCACUGUUUCCUGCAACUGUGCAAGUGUUAUUUGUAAUCUUUUUUAUUGUUUUGUUUUAUUUUUCGGAAUGUAGUAAAGGUUUUGCUGGUGCAUUUUCACUUAUAUGUGUUAAAACACAAAGGACUGCCAUGGCUGACUUUUUUGUACAUUUAUAGUUUUUCUGAAUUAAAAUAGAUCCAUCUGUA